AUGGAUUUUGAAAAACUCAUACAAGAAAAAAAUGUUUUGAAUUUUUUUAUAUUAAUUUUGUGUCUUUUUCUUCCAGCUUAUUUUGUUUUUUAUUCUUAUUUUCAUUAUAAAUCAAAAAAUAAAGAUGAAUUAUCAUCAUCGGGUGGAUUUAUUCCUUAUCUACGUAAAUUACAUUCAACUCAAGGUCAUGUAGUAAAGCCUGAAGGACCACUUUUUGAGAAUACUAUUUCUGUGACAGAUCCUCGGAUUAUAAAAUCAACAUUAUCAAUAGGUGAUAGGCCUAAUUUUUUGUUCAAAUUUUUGGAACCAAUGUUUGGGCAAGAUAAUUUUCAAAUAUUUGAAGCUGAUAGAGCCGCCAAAUUUCGUGAAUUGAUUGGGCCAGCUUUAGGACAUGAAGAUAAACCACAAGAUCUUGAUUUAAAAGCAUUCAAACAUGCAUAUGAUAUUGCAUUAAGUGGUUUAUUUGAUAAACAAUUUGGUAUGCUGGAAGCAUCACGUGAAGAAGAAUUUCAAAAUUCUAUUAAUUAUUUACAAGAAACUUUAAAGAAUCUAAUUUCUAAAAGAAGAGGAAGGACUAAUGUUAAUGGUGCAAUUUCUUGGACUAUAUUUGAAUUAACACAAAAUCUUGAAAUUCAAAAAAAACUUCAGGAAGAAAUUGAUCAAGUGUUAAAAUGUCAUUUACCCACAUUUGAAGAUUUAUCAAAAAUGGAUUACUUGACUCAAGUUGUUAAAGAAUCUUUGAGAGUUCAUCCACCUGGAGCAUUUUGUGCACGCUUCUUAAAAUCAGAUAUGAAUGUUGAAAAAAUUACAACAACAACAAAAUCUUCAUUGUCAUCUUCAUCAAUUGAACCUCACAAUAUUGAUAAUAGUCUUUUAUUAAAAUCAAAUACGACCAUCUUAUAUCCAAUUCCAUUGUUACAUGAAAACCCAAACUUUUUUGAAAAUCCAUUGGAAUUCAAACCAUCAAGAUUUGCCACCACCACCAAAACUAUUAAACCAUCAACUUAUUGUCCAUUUGGCUUUGGUGCUAGAAUUUGCCCAGCUGAAAGACUUGCAUUGUUAGAUGUCAAAAUGAUGAUUUGUCUUAUCUUCCAAAAAUUCAAUGUUGAAUUAGCAAUGAAUUUAAAUGAUGUUCAGAAAGAAGAAAGAUUAGUUGUUAUGGCUAAAAAUGAUAUAAUGGUAAAAUUAACUUUAAGGAAUAGAUAA